AUGACUCCACGGUGUAGGCCACAGGUAGUGGUGCCACUGUUGGCAAACCAACAGAACCAUCACGACUGGCCACUUGUAGUGUCUCAGGAUGUUAUUCGACACAUCUGCAGCCUGGAAAAUAGUGUUUUUGUGGUUGUUGGUCAAGUAAAAGGCAAAACUUUACUGCUUCUCCCUGCUGACGCUGACUUUGACAAGGAGAAAAGCAUUGAGCUAGUGGACAAAUCCAUUGUGCAUGCCAUCGAGUCAGCAGUUAUUGAAUGGAGUUACCAGGUACAGAAAGUUCUGAAGAGAGAGUCAUCAGAGCCACUUUUGGAAGGUCAAGAUCCCAAUCCAAAGGUGGAGCUGGAGUUUUGGAAAAGCAGAUGUGAGGAUCUGCAGUGCAUUUACAGCCAGCUGAAAAUGAGGCGGGCUUUGACGAUGGUGGAGUUGCUAGACAGAGUUCAGAGCACCUACCUCCCUGCCUUCAGGUCGAUGUUCAGAGACGUAGAAGCAGCAUUAAUUGAAGCCCAGGACAUAAACUUGCAUUUAAAGCCCCUCCAGAGCACUCUAGAAAAAAUCGAGAAUGUAGAGUUUAAUGAUGUGAAGCCACUGCUCGAUCAAAUGCUUCAUGUGGUGUGCUUUAUCUGGGCCACCUCAAAAUAUUACAGCACACCUGCAAGGAUAAUUGUGCUGCUUCAAGAAAUCUGCGGUCUCCUUAUCCGGCAGGCCAGGAGUUAUCUCAAUCCAGAAGAUCUGCUGAAAGGAGAAAUAGAAGAAAGUUUGAGUAAAGUACAGAAUACUUUUGAUAUUUUCAACUACUUCAAGCAGACCUUUGAAGAACGAAGAGAAAAUCUCAGCACUUACUUUCAGCCAGGCCAAGAGCUGAAGCAGUGGGAUUUCCCCUCCUUAAUGGUUUUUGCACGAUUGGAUAACUUUCUAGAAAGACUCUGUUUAGCAAAC